AGUGAACAAUAUGGAGAAGUACAAUGGCGUAUAAUCCCGCUGUGAAUGUUGGCAAUCCGCCUACGCAUAUCACUUAGCCUCGUCUUUCUACAGGAGGUGACCCCGUGUCCCAAGUACUGACAGAGAUCGGAAGAAAGGCGAGACUACCGGCAUCGAUGUGACAUUAAUCGGUGUGCCCCACGUAGACACACGUCAUUCAAAGAUAUCAUAAUAUUUCGUAUGUAUAUCUUAUUUAAUCACGUAACAUGUAUUCUGUGAAGUGUGUUGUCGUCGGAGACCCCGCAGCGGAGAAGACCCUGUUAUUACACAGCUUCACAGCGUUGAUAGAAGGUAAAGAAUGGCCACCAAAAUACAUCCCAACGCUAUUCGAAUACCACGCAGUUAAAAUGGAAGUAGACGGCGUGACGUAUUCACUUACACUUUGGGAUACCACGGGUGAGGAAGAGUUCGGACGUCUGCGGCCAAUCAGCUACUCGGGAGCGGAUGUAUUCCUUGUGUGUUUUUCUGUCUCUUCUACAAGGUCUUUGCAGAUCGCGAAAGAUAUAUGGAUACCAGAAAUUAAAAAAUGCAGUCCACAUACUCCGUUUGUACUCGUUGGAACCCAGCUAGAGACGCUUGAAUCAGAAUCGGACAACAAGCACACGCAAAGUGAAUCCCCAAUUGCGAAAAAGACUGGCGCUGUCGGGUAUUUUGAAUGCUCGGCAAACGGGAGGCGAGGCGUCAAAGCUGUGUUCACAGCCGCUGUACACGCAGCCGUGCACGCACCAGUGUGGGAAUCCGGCGGACCCAACCGCUUUCGACAAGUGACAAGAACACUGGGCAGUUUCUUGACGGAAUCUUACACUGCCCUCAGGCAUGUUGAUUUCAAUCUGCGCGGGAUAUGUGGUCUCCUGCGAGACAUGGGAAUGACGAAAUACAUGGAUCUGAAUCACAGUAGGAGACAAGGGCGCCACCAACGAGUCAGCAUUGUCUCGACGUCUUCUGUUGACAGUGAGACGCCGCUUUUUCGAAACACGCACCAUGACAAAUACGAAUCGUGA